AUGGGGAAGCGGGAAGAGGUGGGAAAUCCGGAAGAGGUGGGAAAUCCGGAAGAGGUGGGAAAUCCGGAAGAGGUGGGAAAUCCGGAAGAGGUGGGAAAUCCGGAAGAGGUGGGAAAUCCGGAAGAGGUGGGAAAUCCGGAAGAGGUGGGAAAUCCGGAAGAGGUGGGAAAUCCGGAAGAGGUGGGAAAUCCGGAAGAGGUGGGAAAUCCGGAAGAGGUGGGAAAUCCGGAAGAGGUGGAGAAGCCGCAAGCGGUGGAGAAACAACCACAUGUCGCUUCGCUAGCCAAACAGGAGACAGGGCUCGGUCGGGGAAAGUCACGCCGACCGCGUGGAAGAGUCCUGGAUAAAUUUGAAGAACUCAUCAAGCUGGAGAACAUACACGAAAUGAAGGAGCUAGAAAUGUGCUACGAGCAUCUUACCAAAGAGGAGCUAAUCGAGAAGGGGAUUCUACUAAACGAUUUGACCAUCAAGACGGCUACGAAACAUAGUGACAAUCAGAAUGCAUAUAUUGUUAAGCUAGUCAAAAGGAGGAAACAGACAAAGUCAAAUGAUUUAAGUGAUGAGGAGAAUGUGGAAAAUUUCAAUCACAACAUGUUCAGUAAGGGAAGCAUUGUACAUUUCUCGAGGAAGAGGAAAAGAUACUGCCUGAACAAGGAGAAGACCGUUGUCUAUAAGAAUUCAAUAAUCAAGGAUGUUGUGAAUAUAUAUGUUUGCACCGUCCAUAAAGUGAAGAAAAAUCAGAUUAACGUUAUUGUUAAGCAUGCGGACGAGUUAUGCAAGGAGCUAAACAUCAGUGGCACGUACUUGUUGAGUGAUAAAAGCUACUUCGAUGUGUGCCUCAUCAAUAGCGAAAUUUCGAUGCAGCGUCAAUUGCAGGCCAUUAAUUUGAUGAAGGCCAGCUUGGAGACUCCGUCCGAUGUACUGAAGAUCCUCUUUUUUGGGAGGGCUCCCUCCCAGGAUGCGUCUCUGCGGAAGGUUCUGGGCAUCUUCCGGAGGAGGGCGCAGGGGGGGAAGAAGCUAGAAAAUGGGUACUUGUCACCAUCUGGGGAGCCCCCCGUUUGCUACCCCUCCGCGGAGGACCUGACCAUCGAAUCGAACUACAUCCACCAAUGCGACAAGACAGAGUGGGGAAACAAAAACUUAAACGAUAGUCAGAAGAAGGCGGUGUACUUCUGCCUGUACUCGAAGGACAUUUUCUGCGUCCACGGGCCACCAGGCACAGGUAAGACAACGGUGCUGUGCGAACUGAUAUACCAGUUGGUAAAAAGGGACAAGAAAAUUCUCGUGACUGGACCAAGUAAUGUCUCAGUGGAUAACAUAUUGGCCAAAUGUGUAAGCAUGAAUGUAAAGAAUGUAGUCCGAAUUGGAUUAAAAUCGAAGAUAAAAAAAGAUUUGUGGAGUUAUAGCUAUGAUGAGAAGAUAAAAAGUUGCGAUUCGUAUAAGUUAUGUGCAGACAUUGAUGAAGACAUCGAAAAGAUGAAGACAGAAAUUUACAAACUAAAGAAUAAAAAAAAACACGAAAGGUGCCCAUUGGAUAGAAAAGGAAUAGCCAAUUUGAAAUACGAAAUUAGGAUGCUGAACAAAAGUCGAAAGAAAAAAAAAAAUAUAUUUUUUGCUGAAUUGAUGAAUAAAAACAAUAUCAUUUUUUCCACUUGCUCAAGUAGCUCAAAUUAUGAAUUAAAUAAAUAUGUGAAAAAUAGCAAUUUUUUAUUCGAUGCUGUCUGUAUUGAUGAGUGUUGUCAGUGCACGGAGCCCUUGUGCUACAUGCCUAUCUCCCUAUCGAAGAGAAAUGUCUUCCUUUUCGGGGACCACAAACAGCUAGCUCCUUUGGUGAAACACAACAAGAAGGGCAACAAAUUGAAUGUUACACUUUUCGAGAGACUUAUCAAAAAAUAUAAAAGGAAAAUUUCCUUCCUCCUUAAAAUCCAGUACCGAAUGAAUGACCUCAUUUUGAAAUGGUCCAACAAAGUGUUCUAUGAGGAUCGCCUCGUUUCGCACGACUCCUGCAGGGCCAUCAAGGUGGAGGAGCUGUUUCUGCCCAAUGAAGGGGCAAGGCCUACUAGGAAAGCGGCGAACCAAACGAGUGAGCGGAAAGGAGGCGGCAAGGGAAAACAGAAAAAAAUCGGCAAGAAGAAAGAGAAGGGGAAGAAAAAAGAGGAGGUGGAGGAAGAAGGGGAAGAAGAUGAAACCCCCCAGGUGAGCACAAAUCCGAGGGACAUGAUUCAGAGCUACAGCUAUUGCCCGAUCACUUGGGUUGAGACAGAUGGGUUUGAUGAAUUUCUCGAUGACACCAAGGAGCUGGACAUGAUACAGCUGGAGAUGAAGGAGAAGAAAGGUGAUAAGCUCGGCGGGAAGAAGCCCAGCAAGGAAGCGGCAUCAGAGGCAUCUGCGGCACCAGCACCUUUGUCCGGGGGGGGCCUUCCCCAUAGAGAGGGGAGAGGACAAAAACGGCCCGAUAAUGAAGAUCCCCCAGAAGAGGGGUUAAAAGGCCUUGAUAUCUAUGAGGACAAUUUGGCAGGAGAGGGCCAAAGUGAGGACAGCGGCGUAGGGGGUGACGAUGUCGUUACGGAAAGUGAGUCAUGCUCGGAAGAGAGUUCCCAUGCGGAGGAAGAGGUAGCCGCUGGGGCAGAGCAGAAGGAGAAGGCACUGCAGGACGCUGUCCAAAUCGACAUUGACGACAUCGUGAAUCUGAAUAACAAAUCCAGAAGCAACAGAGGAGAGGCCUACGUGGUGUAUAAGCUAAUCGAGCGGAUGCUGCAUGCAGACCACAUUAGUGCCAAACACAUUUGCGUGAUCACUCCAUACUCGAAGCAGAUGAAUUUGCUGAAAAAUAUUCUUUAUGAUAAUCUAUACGAUGAAAAGAAUUUCACCUCAGAUUAUAAAAACAUUGAGAUAGCCACUGUUGAUUCGUUCCAAGGGAGGGAAAAAGAGAUCGUCAUUUUGUCUCUUGUCUGUUCCAAUUAUUUUAAGAACAUCGGAUUUUUGAAGGAUUAUCGACGGUUAAAUGUAGCCAUUACGAGGGCAAAGCGGCACGUCGUCAUCGUGGGCAAUUCCAGCACCAUAUCGAACGAUAAGCUGCUGAAUGAGCUGUACGAGACAGUCCUCAACCACGGCAAGGUGUACAUGGUGAAUGAGUUGCUGGACGUGGAGCAGAUUCCCGUGGGGGGGUAG